CUGCAGCGGAAGGAAAUAAUCUUCCCCUCCGGAGGAGGAAGAGUUGCCGGAAAAUUUAUCCGGAAUUCUGAUAAAGAGAGAGGCUCGGUAUUGCUGGGUUGAAUAGGGAAAAAAAAAAAAAUCAAAUGUUGUUCCUUCAAUCAUGUAUUGCUCCGAAUCCCUUUUUCCCUCUUUCUGCAGUCAAUUUUGAUCCUAAACAAGACGCCUUCUCGUCAAUUUCUCACAUAAAUCCGAUUUCUAGCCGUACUUCCGGUACUCUUCGUCGUUCAUAUGCUUUCUUUCCCUCUUACGUACACCAUAGCCGCAUUUCGAAGUCCUUUACUUGCUUUUCUGUUUCAAGAGAACCCAAUUCGGACCCCAAAGUUAGUUCCAAGUGUAAAUCUGAAGCUGUAAAAGGAAGCCGUCGCCGGAAAACGGAAAAUUCCCAGAAUGGGGAUGAAAGUGCUGAUCAGAGUUUCCCAACAACCAUUCCAAGGAAGCCGAGACGUGGGCGUAGGAGUGAAGCUGUUUCUGUUGAAGACUUCAUACGGGACAAGCUUGAACAGACGUUUGAAUCAAUCCGGGAGAAGGACCCGGAGCUUUUUCUGGAUAAGGAGAAGGUACUGAAGGAUAGAGUUGAAGAUGAUAUUGAUUCUGAAGGUAGUGAUGAUGAUGGUGAUGAGGAGGUGGAGGAUGGUGAUGAGGAGGUGGAGGAUGGAGAUGGUAACGUUGCUGGUAGAAGAGGAAGGAAGAUGGUGGUGGAGGAGGAGGAUCCGGAUUGGCCAGUGGAUGCAGAUGUUGGAUGGGGAGUGAGAGCAUCAGAGUAUUUUGAUCAGCACUCAAUUAAGAAUGUUGUGGGAGAAGAUGGUUUUGAGGUUGACUGGGAAGGAGAGAUUGAUGAUAGCUGGGUAAAGGAGAUCAAUUGUCUAGAGUGGGAGAGCUUUGCUUUCCAUCCGAGCCCACUUAUUGUUCUUGUCUUUGAGAGAUAUGACAGGGCAAGCCAUAACUGGAAGACUUUGAAAGAGCUGGAGAACGCAAUCAAGGUAUAUUGGAAUGCCAAAGAUAGAUUGCCUCCUCGGGCUGUGAAGUUAGACAUCAAUAUCGAGAGGGAUUUGGCAUAUGCUCUUAAAGCCAAGGAAUGCCCACAAAUUUUGUUCUUACGGGGAAACAAGAUCCUGUACAGGGAGAAAGAGUUUCGGACAGCUGAUGAAUUGGUUCAGAUGAUUGCUCAUUUCUACUAUAACGCAAAGAGACCUUCAUGGAUCGAUGAGGCAGCCAGAUUUUCAUCGAAUUAGGUCUGGAUAUGCUGAACAAGCUGUUAAUAACAGGCAAAUACCAAACCAAACCAAACUUCUCUCAGGCCAGAGAAUCUCUGGUGCUCAAAGUGAUCUAGGACAAUUGUAUGGGAUGCUGUUAUCUAGUUCCCCUGUUUUUUUUUUCCAUCACCAACCGGAGUUUCACACUAGGAAAAAAAUUAGAGUAAAUCAUAUGCACCAGGACCAGAAUUUAUGUAUAUAUUUUUAAAUGCCACUUGUUCCAACUUACACAAAAUUUCAUUGUAAAUGUAUCCGACUACUCUGUUAAGAUUGUAAAGUUCACUUACCUAUUUUUUAUGAUCUUCCCCAUUGUCAUUGCUA